ACCCGACCGACUCAAUUCGAUCGUAGCCGUCGAACGAGCAGGACGGUUAAGCGCGUGCGUACGUGAGUGUGCGAGAGUGUGUUGUGUUUGCGCAUCGUCUUAAAACGUUUUGUUGUUGGUCGUCGUCCGACACACCCGAGUGGCCUGCAUCUUUGAAAGCGUGUGCGCGUGGGUGCAUCGCGGGUUGUAACGGUGAACCGUCAGUGGAAAAGUUCAGGUGCUAUCCAGCGAGCGGGACCGCCUAAAGGGUUCGUCUGUGUAUAAGUAACGGGUUCAAGUUACAUCGGGCGCCAGUCCUCCAGGUCAAAAGGAAAAAAGUAGAUCAAACCGUCCCAACCAUGUCACCAUUCGGGUUCAACGAUCCACUGACGGCGAUAGCAUCCGCAGUCACGGGUGUAGCGAUCGUACUGUCACUAAUCAAAUACUACCUCUACCUCACCUGCGGACACUUUACCUCCUCUCGAAAUAUGGAAGGUAAGACGGUACUCAUUACCGGUGCAAACUCGGGCAUUGGCAAGGAAACUGCCCGUGAUUUGGCGAAACGAGGCGCCCGCGUCAUUAUGGCCUGCCGAAACAUGGCGACGGCAAAGGAGGCACAAGAUGAGAUAGUGAAGGAAACGGGCAACCAGAACGUAACCGUGCUGCAGCUAGACCUCAGCUCGCAAGCCUCCGUCCGCGAGCUGGCAGCGGAAGUGCUCCGGACCGAGCGCAAGCUGGACGUGCUGAUCCACAAUGCCGGCUUUGCCGAAACGUUCCGUAAAUCGAAAUCCGUCGACGGUAUCGAGUUUACGAUGGCCACCAACCACUACGGACCGUUCCUGCUGACGCAUCUGCUGAUCGAUCUGCUGAAGCGCUCCGGCCCGAGCCGCAUCGUGGUAGUUGCCUCCGAGCUGUACCGUUUCGCCUCGGUCAAUCUGGACAAUCUGAACCCGGUCGGUAGCCUUCCGGCGUACCUGUACUACGUGUCGAAGUGUGCGAACAUUAUGUUUACGCGCGAGCUGGCCCGCCGGCUCGAGGGUACGUCCGUGACGGCGAACUGCCUGCACCCGGGCAUGAUCGAUUCCGGCAUCUGGCGUAACGUACCGUUCCCGCUCACGCUGCCGAUGCGCGUGAUCAAGAGCUUCUUCAAGACGACCGUCGAGGGUGCGCAGACCUCGCUGUAUCUGGCCUGCUCCGAGGAGGUGCAGGGCGUCACCGGCAAGUACUUCAUGGACUGCAAGGAGGCAACGCUCAGCGCAAGCAUUAGCGACAUGGAACGGGCCCGCAAGCUGUGGGAGGAGUCGGCAAAGAUCGUCAAGCUUACCGAGAGUGAUCCCAAAAUUUGAUCAGCAUUCAUUCGACGGUAGCAGCAACUUUUCUCGUCUAGACUUUCUUCUUCCAACUGUCCUGCAUGUUUGAUCAUCCAAUUCCAAAGAAAAAAAAGUUUGGGAUUUUUGUGUUUUUUUUUUUCAUUUAUUCUUUCAUAUCAUUUAAACGUCACACGAUCCUCGUUAGCAAUUGCGGUGUGUUGAAUAAAUAAAUCUAUGUUGAUCCGUCGUUUAGCGGGUUGGGUACAAGUCAGUGACCGGCGGGCUUUAGCUUUUUGUUUUGUUUUGGCCGGCCCUCAAAAACGCUCUCGAAGAAUGUGUUUACCGUGUGUGUGCUGUGUUUGCUGCUGAUUGUCAAUUUUUGCAUUACUUGCUUCAUUUGUUCAUGCGAUCGUAGGGUGGUUUUCAUUUCACGCUUCGCUGACGGUUUUUUUUUGUUUGAAUUAAUUUUUUUCUUUUAUUCGUUAACCUACUUCUACUAGCGCUUCCAGGAAAGUCUACUUUACCACAGGAAAAGGAAAGGUUCAUUUAUUAAUGCUCAACCACGAAAUGGGUUUUUUUUAUUGUUUUUGAGAAGUUAUUUGCUGCCAAUUUCAUCAUUCAUUUAACGUGUGGGAUGCAUCAGCAGUAUUCGCGAUAGGUUAGUGGGUUAAAAACAUACCAGAGUAUUUUUUUAUAAUUACUUUAGUUAAGUAAAAUUUCAUUACUGUUCAUGUCAUGAGGAAUAAAUUAACUUGCAUCGUCCAUUGUUUCCACUCAA